CUAAGGAUUUAUGAUAAACAUUUUUAAUGAAGUUGAUGCCGAAGAACCUGUUACUGGAAUUAUGUUUGACAUAUCCAAGAUAAACCUACUUCAAGUUGCAUGAUCUUACAAUAGUGCUACUAGGAAAAGCCAUAUAUGUGAUCGAUGCGUUAAAUAAGCACUAAUGCCCGUCUACUUUUUGCACAGUUGUCAUAUCGGUCGUUGGUAUGACACAUAUAUGCAAUGCAAAUCACGCAAUGUAUCUCUUAUGGGAAAUCCAUUCCUGCAUUCGUGGCUAUCUCCUUGCACAGUUCAACGUGAUAAGUGCCAUUGGAUCGUUGAGCGCAAUUAUAUAGUUAACGCUUUCUACUGCAAGUGCAGGGAGCACAAUCCACAUAAGUGCAAUAUGCAGUAUGCGUACAUGUUUGUUUGUUCACUGCAAUGGCGAGCUAGUAUAGAGAACCAACUCCGUGCAAAAACGCACAGUAUUAAUCUUACUCUAUCCGCAAUAAGAUCGCGCAACGUAAACCACUAAGAAUGUUCAGCUUCGAAAAAAUCAACAAUCAAGUCUUGAACCGGAUCGAGUGUCCCGGAACGGAAAAACAUUAUAGGGUGACUCUUCCCAACGGACUACCGGAAAGCGUUCCGGAUGUCUUGAAGGAUGGCGAAAAUCGAUACUCCAUCAUGAUUGAACCGUAUCUUUCGUUAGCCGAGCGGAUCAAAAACCUCAAAGUGUAUGAAGACGACGUAUGGGUAGUAACAUUUCCCAAAUGUGGAACUACGUGGACCCAAGAAAUGGUAUGGUUGUUGAACAAUGAUCUCAACUACAAUUACGCCAGAACACAUUCAUUGGAGGAAAGAUUUCCUUUUCUUGAGCUUACCGGGGCAUUGUCUUUAAUUGGGGGCGACUCGGUUACUGAGGUGGAGCAGCUAUCCCGACCACGCCAUAUCAAGUCUCAUCUCGCGGCCAUGCUUCUGCCAGAUCAAAUAUGGACAGUUAAACCAAAGAUAAUCUAUGUCUCGCGGAACCCAAAGGAUGCCGCAACAUCGUUCUUUCAUCACUAUCGUAACAUCGUCGGUUACGAUGGACCAAGGGAGCAUUUUUUCGAUGCCUUCUUGGAAAACAAUUUAAUUUACGCGCCAUUCAACAGUCACGUUCAGGACUAUUGGAAGCUAAGGAACCAGGAAAAUGUUCUCUUCAUUACAUUUGAGCAGAUGAAAAGAAACUUGCGGAAGGUUAUUAUGCAGGUGGCUGACUUCUUGGGAAAAACUUUCACGGAUCAAGAAGUGGAUGUUCUAGAGAAACAUCUAUCGGUCGAUUCAAUGCGAGCAAAUAAAUCGUGUAAUAUGGAUGAACUUGUAGAAUGGGCAAGGAGAACCAACUACAGCGAAGAAAGAAAAAAGAUCGACGCAAAUGAAUUUAGAUUCAUUCGCAAUGGAAAAAUUGGAUCCUACAAGAGUGACAUGAGCGAGGAUUAUGUGCAACGUUUCAACGAAUUUGAGAAAGACUUAAAUCAAAGAACCGGUGGUGACAUUAAUUUCUAGCUUGAUAGAAUUUAUGUUUGUUAUUUCUCUAAGUAUACCAGAUGCGGAUGAUGAAAUAGAAAUGUUUAUUCCUUUUCGAUUGUUAUCUACGUAGUCAUAGGUAUAGCUAUUAGAUAUAAUUUCCAUAAAUUGCUUAAUUUUGUUCAAUGAAAGCUAAUCGAAUAUCAGUUCUACUACAGAUUGCCGCAUCUUGAAUAAAGAAAAUGAAUUAUUUUCAGAUUA